GUUGUGUGUUUCUGUAUGUUUUAUGUUUUAUUUCUCAAGCUGAUUAUCCAAUCAUUAAGCAGAACAAACUCUGCAGCUCUUCACUCAAAUCCUGACCGAAAUUGGUUGACUGUUAACCCAUAAUAUUAUGUUCUUCCAGUUUAUGACAGCCAAUGGUAGUUGUGAUUUUCUUGUUGAUAUUAAGGAUGGACCCCAUUUACACAUUUACCUUUUUGUUCAUUUCUUCUGCCUUUUUAUGAUUUAGCAGUUUAAUCUACAAGUUAACCAUUCUAAUCUUAAAAGCACUAAUCUUUCAGCAGUGGAUUUUAUGGCUAAAUGGGGGAGUUGUUUCUUCUAAACACAAUAGCACCAUUGACCCAUUGACUGUGUGUUCCAUGUGCAAUGGUUUUCAUAGCAACACUGAGGUUUGCCAUAAAGGAGGUUAUCAUGACACUUUCAUGGCAGCUGUGGCCUAUUUUUGUUUUUCUUAUUCUUCUUCUUUUGGAAAUACAAAUCACAUCCUCAGCCCCUGACUUCUCAAUUCACCUUCACUCAAUCCUGAAGAACCACACAGCACAUGCCUGUGAAAAUGACACCCUCACCAUUGCAUGUCCCCCCAGGACUUCUGUAGUUGUCCUGUCUGCCUUCUAUGGACGCCAUGUCCUCAGCUCACCUCUUUGCCUUUCUGCCAGCCCAAACAACACCAUGGAGGAAGACACACAUUGUACCUCAGCAGAUUCUAUUGAGAAAGUUCAGUCCGAAUGUCAAGAUCAGCAGUCUUGUCACAUCUCUGUUUUGAGCCUGUUUUUGGGGGGAGACCCAUGCCCACUCAACACCAAAUAUCUCCAAGUCUCAUAUAAGUGCCAGCCACAGCACCAUCGAACAAGACUGGUUUGUGAAAAUGAGCGUCUGCGGUUGCUUUGUAAAAACAACACAGUUCUUGCCAUUUACUCAGCCACAUUUGGUCACCUGCUACAUGGAAGUCCCAACUGUCCCAAGAAACCAGGGUCUCACACAGACAUGGAGUGCAUGUCUGCCACAGCUUUGAGGAAGGUGUCCCGCAGAUGCCAUGGCAGAGAGAAUUGCUCACUGGUGGCAGAUGUUAUGACCUUUGGAGACCCCUGUUUCCCAGGGACCAGGAAGCAUCUGCGAGUGUCCUUCACUUGUGUGCCCCAAUAUCUUCUAGCAGAAGUGGGACUUGGAUCAACAAAUCCUUUCAUGAUCUCAGACUACACUAAUGAUUUUCCUGAAAAAGUGGCAAUGUACUUUGUCUCUGGCAUCUGCGCUGGUCUGGUGUUUCUGCUUUGCCUCUUUGGUCUUCGCUCAAUCUCCACACUUGUCCAAGAUGUAAAAAAAAUGGUGUCUGGUUUGAAUGAUGAGCUAUCCCACAGACAUCACCAGGACAUCCCGGAAGACAUCUCUGAAGAUGAACUCUUGGACACAUCAUCCUUUUGCCGCCUCACAAAGUCAUACUGCACUUACGACAUGCACAGACCUCCAGUGUUGACCUUCCAGAUGGCAGAAGAAGAGGUACAGCAAAGAGGACUGCCCAGAGGAGACAACAUUUAGGCUAACACACUGCAGCUUAUAGACCACUCACAUUUAUAACAAUGUAUGCCCUAACAAAUAAUGUAAUAUAUCAUUAACAUCAUACAAUG